UCUGCACCUAAAUUCUAAUCUUAUUUAUUAGUCAGUAUUCUAAAUACUGUACAUGUUAUUAAAAUGUAAAUUAAUUCUUUAUAAAAUGUUCCUAAACAAUUAACAUGGUUUUUUUUUAAUUGUCACUGUUUGGUAUUUAUAAUUGUGAUUUAAGUAUACCUUCUCUGUUUAAAUAGAAGGGUUUGUGUCUACCAUACUUUUUGAUUUUUUUUUUGUGUAAUUUUAUUUAUUAAUUGUUAAUUCUGUUGAUGCCUGUUAAUUAUGUAUAUUAUGUAACGUACACAAUUAAAUAAAUACAAUGCUUAUAAUAUGAGUUGGUUUAAACGAAAUAAAGGAAUUGAAAAAACUGACGAUCUUGAUUUGUCUGCAUGUUUUGAUAGUUUUAAUAAACAUUGGCAACAAACCUUUGAAAUAAUUGAUCGAUUUCAAACUGCAAAAGGCGUUAUUAAGAAUGAUGAUAUUGUAGCCGUUAUAAAUCAUUUAAAUCAAUUAAUAAAGCUAUUGUUACUGGAUAUACAAUCAGCCAAAUCUACCAAUCAGUCAAGAUGUCUUGAAUACUUUUUGAAAAAUCAAUUACUUGGAAAAUUAUAUUCAUGGAGCUUAAAAACAGACAAAUUCAAAAAUUAUUUAAAAUUAGAACAACUAAAAGUUUAUGGAGUUCUUCUUUCGGAACUUCGAGGACAUAAAUUGCUUUCUGAUGAUUCUAUAUUAAAUCCAUUAUUAUUAAUAUUAAACUCAUAUGAUGGUGAUUGCUUAUCUGUAGAAAUUGAAAAACACUUGGUUACAGUUUUAAGACAAUUUUGUGUGGUUCUUUCUCAUCAACCAAAUAUAUUGUGCAACAUCUUAAAAGAAAACACUAAAAAUUCAAAAUGUGUUAUAUUGUCAUUAUUGAUGGCAUUUAUACACCGCGAUGGAUCAAUUGGCGAAGAAGCUCGUGAUGCCUUAUUGAUAUUUGUGUCAUUAUCUCGUCAAAAUGAUACAUUAGCUAAUAUCAUAACAUCUAAAUCAAAUGUGAGUCCUGUAUUGGCCACUGGUUUAAGUGGUCUAUAUUCAGUGUUGCCUCGAAAAUUAGAUUUUGAAAAUGAUUGCUACAGACUCAGCCCAGAAAAUAUUGAAGAUGUACCAGAACUAAAUAAUUUUUUAGCUUCAGUAGAACUAUGUAAUGCUGUUGCUAAAAUUUGUCAUAAAACUGUAUAUGAUCAACUUUUGGAUUACUUAUAUCAUGGAUUCCUUCUACCCGUUGUCGGGCCAGCACUAAUGCAGGACUUUGAAAAUAACUGCGGUAUCAAUACACAUUUAUCGCGGGUGGCAGAAGAAGAAGUAGCUACAGCAACAGUAUACUUAGAUUUACUACUUCGUAGUGUCACUCAUCCAGGACUUCUACAAACAUUUGUAAAAUUUGUUCUGUGUGAAAGAUUUGAAAAAAUAAAAAUUAUUGAACUGCUCAUCAAUCGAAUUAAUAACAAAUCUUUUAAGGUUUGUAUUGCCACACUUGCUUUGAUGGAAACAAUUUUAGACUUGAAUUGUGAGGAUGUUAUGUUGGAACUAGUAUUCAAAUAUUUAGUGCCUUGCACACACAUAAUGCUUAGCCAACGUUCACGUAUUAAACAAGUAGAUUCAUAUUGUAAAUCAGCUGACAUAUUUUUGUCCUUAAUACCGGAUGUCUUCAAAUAUAAGAAUGUUAAUUCUCAAACUUUAUACUCUGAAUACCGAGGUUACUUGAAUUGUGCACGAAUUAAGAUAGCCGAAUGUGCUAUGGAAACUAAACACUGGACAUAUUUAUAUGAUGGAGAAAAUCCAUCUCACUCAAUAGUUGAAACUAAAACAAAUGAAGUGGAGAAUGAUCAAAAUAGCAUAUUAUCAGCUGACGAUAGUUCAAGUGGAUAUGAAAGUUUCAAAGCUGUGAAAGACAUUGACAAAAUGCUCGGAAAUGAUGAGAGUUGUAGACCUGCUGAUGAAAUUUUAUCAAACACUUCUUCACCGUGUGGAAGUGAUUCGCCUACAUGCUUUAUAAGACAGACAGCAUUCAAGACAAAAGAACCAUUUACACAAUAUCCUUGUUUGGGUCCAUUUCUCGAGGCGCUAUUUUCAAAUCUUGAAAAUUUGCCUGAACAAGAUUUUCGGAUAAAUCUACGUCUGACUGCCGUCAUGACCCGUCUGUCUAUGUACAACAAACCUUUAAUUCAAUCGUUGUUACUAAAUCAUUCAAUGAUCUUCCAGCCGUGCAUACGUUCUCUGUUUCAAAUAUUGCGUUCUUUAAAACAGACUAUAGAAACCAAAUUAAGCAGUCGUAUGGAAAAAGUUAAAGAAGCUGAAACAUUUUUAAUCGAACGAGAAAAUAAACUGUGCAACACUCAAUGCAAUCGUUCUGUCAGUGAAAAAAUUCCUGAAGCAUUUUCCAGAGGGGAAACCAAACGGCGUAGCAUAUCAGUAGCCUUUGGAGCAAUGUUUAGAAGAAAUUCUGGUAACAAGGAAGCCAUAUUAGAAUCCACAAGUAAUGGUUACAGGUAUUAUAAGGAAAACGAAACUGAGUCCUUAGACUUGCCAAUAAAUGCAAUAAUUCUAGCAGAAUGGUUAAAGGAAUUGUCGGCCAUUUGUCAAGAACACACAAUUAGUUAGUUAGUGUACAUAAAUAUAGGUACAAUUUGAAUUAUAAUAUUAUUAAUAUUACUCAUAUUAUUAGUACAUAAAUAUAUUUUUUUUACUGUGAACUUUUAAAAAGUUUUUACCCUUUUGAAGUUGUUAAAUUGUUGACUCAAAUGUUUUGCUCAAACCUAUCGUUUUAAUUAAUAGAUCUGUGAAUUAUUUUUUACUCAUUUUUAUUGUUAGUUGAAGCUUAAAUUAGAUUUUAUGAUAUAAUAAUAUCAUAUAAAAUAAAGGAAAAUAUUCCGUCCAUAUUUUAAAUUUGCAAUUAUGCGAGUAUUAAUAACUUAUGUCUCAUAUUUCCAUCACAACAGACUGCUGUACUUAAUAUUGACUUAAUAUUGGUGCAUUCAAAGUUGAUCUUCCGGUUGAAAUAAUCUAUUAUUAUAUAAUAUUUAAAGUCCAUGCUAUAAAUUCAAACUUGUAUUUUUAUCUGAGUUCAAAUUUAACUACUAUAUACCUUGAAAUGCACAAAAUAUGUUGUCUUCCACCAUAGUUAAGAGUAACUCAUAGAUCUUAUAGACAUUUAUUUAUUAAUUUUUCAUAUUGUUAAACAUUUAAAACUUCAUUCUUCGCUUAAUUAAUUUUAACAAAAAUAAAAUGUUUUUAAAUAUUUACAUUACAUGUUUAUCGAUAUUAAUGUAAUUAAUAGUACAAAACACGACUAUAGCUCUUACAAAAAAGUAUAAUGUGAUUAUAUUUUGUUUAAGGCUAAACCAUCUUGUGUCUUUUUUUUAAAAGAAAAAAGUAUAAAAUUGUAUACUGAAUGAAUGAAUCCUAUGUGUUAAGUUUUGACUUCAGAGAUCUGACAAUGAUAUAUUUUUGUAAAAUGAUAUAUUUGUUAACACAACGUUAAUAAAGGACAUUUCUAUUGUAGCUUCCUAUCAGAUAAUAAUUUGUUAUUUUGUGUUUAUUGUUAGUUACCCACUCUAGCUAUGUUACAGUUGUUAAUAUUAUGUUGUUUUUACAUAGUUUGUCGAGUUAAUAUUUUUGAAAUACUCAGGACUAUUAUAUUAUUAUUUUCUUUGUUCUGUUCAUGUAAUACAAUUAUUAUUAAAUAAUAGGUAACUUUGUUGUUAUUAUAAUAGUUAUUAUUAUUAUUAUUUUAUGUAUAAUCUUGCCAUUUAGUUAUUUCUGUAGUAGAAAAAAAUUUAAUAUAAUAUUAUGUUGUGUAUUUGUGUGUAGAUAAUAUUUAACUAAUAUAUAAUAUAUUUUAUAUCUGUUUUAUUUAUCUUAAAUAUAUUAUAUAUAUGUA